AUGGAGGCUGAAAUCCGAGACGAGGACUACCGAUUAGGGUCCUCGGCCAUCGACGAUCCCCUCUCCCAGCAUCGCCCGUCAUCUCAUCUCCAACAGCCAUUCCAGCACCAGCCGUACCACCAACAGCACCUCUACUCCGACUUUCCCACCCAGCGCCUCCAGCCCGCUGACCUGGCCUCUUCCCUCGACCCUCACCAUCACCCGCCUUACGCCGAUCCGACUUUUCCACCCCAUCCUCCCCCAGCCGACGCCCGUCUCAAUACUGCCCAACCUGCCCGAACCUCUGCCUCCUCGCCGGGCCGCAGGUACACCGAUGCCAAUCUGAGCGCAGUCGCCGCCAAUGAUCGAGCCGCGAUCCCGAUAGAUCCACAUGAUUUCUACCGUAGUUAUCAGGACACGAAUACUGGUGCACUAGUUGCCCACGAACUCGACUCCGAUCUCCCAAUGGCCACCACCGCCCCAUCGCGAGGCCAGGACACCUCGUCCCCCUCGACCGCCGCUCAUUCCUCCUCACGACUCCCCUCCGGUGCCAGCAGCUCGCGAACUCCCCUCCGUCAAAACUUGCGUUCCGUCUCUGCUCCUCUUGGGGACGAUCGUUCCUCUACCAACCCUUCCAAGGCCGGUUCAGCUGGCCAGCCAAGUGUCAAGGAUCUCCGGAAAAAGUUUGAUCAGGGCGGCUCUGCCUCCAUGAUCCCACGCCCGCCAGCCCGUUCCUCGCUGGUUCACCGUCCUACUUACUCGUCUAGGAGCAGAGCGACGACCCCAACCGGUGGGCCCUCCACCACCAACACCGCCGCCGGUCAGUCUUCCUCUACGGCGUCCUCCAGGUCCAGCAGUUCGCGAAACCAGUCGUCAAUCACCGACCCCACCCGAUCGAGCAGGCCCAAGUCAUCUCAAAACAACAACGGGCAAUCAUUCGCCAAUCGCGUUAACAAACCCAAGUCGAGCACUUCUUCCAAAUCCACAGGCACAAGAUCUACGACGCAGUCCUCCCGCGAGCGCGCCCCAGCAUCCUCGUCAUCCUCCGCUGUCUCGCACUCGCGGAACCCUUCUCGCGCUUCCCAGCCUAUACUAUUUGGCGAGAUCCUUCCGGAUCAGCGAGACACCCUGGCUGUAGGAUACGGCAUCGAAAAUGCCCUUCCGCGGGCCCCAUCGGACACCGAUUCCGAUUCACGGCGGCGGACUUUUUCCGAUAUGGGGGACGGCGUUCCGGAUUCGCCAACAGACUGGUAUCGACCCGAAUCUGCUCGCCGUGCUAGCGAGCUCUCGACACGAUCAUCCGCCACACUACACCCCAAUCUACACGAUGGUAGCUACGCUGGGGCUGCGCCGCCUUCCUCCCCGGGCCCCGCCGCCGGCCAACUUCCCCCAAGUCAAGCGACCUAG